CACCGAAACUGUUGGAUGUGUCUAACACAUUCUUGCGUUCGGCGUUUCGUUUUGUUACUUUGUUUUUUAUUUAUUGUUUAUUUUUACCGACAAACCGGCAUCGGCAUACUGCGGCGCGGCGGCAGCAAGCAAACCAGACCAAGCCAUUCCCAAACUUUAAUACAAAAAUAGUCGUCUCUAAGCGUUUAUAGAGGUCAAUUGUUAUAGAGCUCGUUGCUCUUUUCUUUAAUCUUUUAUGUAUUUUUACGCAAAAGAUACUUACUUAUAAAUUCAAAUAUUUUUUUAUUUUGUGAAAAAAUGCCGUCAUCAUGUGCUUUUAUGUACGAUCAUCCAGAUGCGGUGUAUUACAGUGGAGAUGUUCUAAAUGGAAAAAUAAUAUAUACAACUGAUAAAGUGAAAAAUGUUCGGGGAAUCUAUAUUACAAUCAAAGGAUCUGCAAAAGUACGAUGGACAGAGACAAAAAGCCGACACAACAGCAAUACCAAUAAAACCGAACAUUAUACAGUCGAAUAUAAAGGAGAUCGUAAAUACUUGCAUUCAGAAACCAUGAUCGUUGGAAGUAUGGAUCUUCCAAUCGGUACUCAUGAAUACACUUUUAGUACUCCAUUGCCACCACAAAUUCCUUCGUCAAUAUCUGACGAAUACGGUCAUGUUUCUUACGAAGUUGAAUUGAAACUGGACCGUCCCAUGCGUAUUGACGACGUCUAUACUAAUUGUUUCACUGUUAUUCAUCCAAUUAAUCUCAACUAUGAUCCAUCAUAUUUACAAGCAGUUAUUGACACAGAACAAAAAAAUUUCUGUUGUUUCUGUUGCGAAUCGGGGCCUUUGAAUUCAGAGCUACGCACACAAUUUGGUGGAUACGCCCCUGGACAGAAGCUACAUUUCACUGUAACACUUGAUAAUGAAUCCGAUAGAGAUAUCGAAGAGUGUUCUGUCGAACUUGUUAGGAAAACCUCAUUUCAUAGUGAUUCACCUGAACAUAAGGAAAAGAAAUCCAGAACUGUUAUUUCAACGUUGGAAUUACCGGGUGUGACUAGAUUUUGUAAGAAAUUACAUGAGGGAUCAUUCACGAUUCCCCCUCUUCCUCCAUCAACUGUUGGUUCUGAUGAUAUUAUUAGAGUGUACUAUUAUUUAAGAGCUGAAGUUGAAACUGGCUGUUUUGCCAACAAUGAAAUUUUGCAUGCUGGUGUUACGAUAGGAACUGUUCCGCUUAUUGCUAGUGCCACCAAUCCCGACAGUGUGAUUACUGUUCAACCUACAGCACCAGUUGAUACAACAGGUGAAGGAGGUGAUUUGCCACCUCAAUAUGGAUCAGUUGUUCCACCAUCAUUUGAAGAAGCUACAGGAAUGAAUAAACCAUUUGUGGAUGCCGAAGCCGAUGAGCAUCGUGUGCUCGAUCCAUUCGUUCCUAAAUAUCCUGUUUAUCAUAAUUUUGCUACACCAUCAGCUCCAGGAAUUGAUGAUCAACAACCUUUAACAAAAGAAGCUGAAGCUAUGCAAUCUGCCAAUGCAACUCAAGCAUCAGCACCACUUGCAACAGAAGAAGCGCCACCAUAUCCUUCUUCAACGGGACUGCCUUAUCCAUCUGCAAAUGUAACAGCGUUUCCUUCACUUCCUUAUCCUGCUGCAGGUUUUAAUGGGAUGCCCAUACCCGGAUCAGCUUCAAGAGUUAUAAAUUCUGUUGAAAACCAGGAAGGCUCCAAUAUUGGUUGGCAACCACAACCUUGAACUUAAAACAAGACAAACUUGCAUUUAUUGAACAUUAGAUUUUCUCGGUUGGAAUGUUUUACUUAUUUGUAUAGGUAUCUCAGGUAAAAUUGAACAAAGUAAAUUUAUAAGGUUUUUGAAAUUGACAGUUUGUGAUUUUUUGUCUGAGAGGAGGAGCCCCACAGAAAAUUUUUGGAAGAACACAGUGUUUAGGUUGGUAUUUUACCAAUUAAUUUAAAUAAAAUUGUUAUAAUGAGGAUGAGGUGUACAUAUUGAGCUCAUCAAGUAUAAAAUGUACAGUUUUCAUGAGAGCUAUUAUCCAAGCAAUAUGAUAGUUAAACGAGUUUGAGUUAUGGACGACGAAAUUUCCCACUGACAGGCUACUUGUGGUUAAAAAAAUAAUGAAAAAAUUAUUUGAUUUGGAAAAAUCAAUGGAAAACAAAGCAUUUUGGCGGUAAAAAAUGACAAAUUGAAAUUAAAAUUAUUCCAUGGAAACUUUUUUUCUUAAGGCCAGCUAUGAACUCGGACAACAUUGCCAAAUAAAUUGAGAUCAGAAGUUUACAUCACUAUAUUUCAAGAAACAGACAUUUUUAAAACAGAAUUAUAAUAGGUAUACCUAUAGUAUUUUACCAUUGAUUAUAAUUAUAAUUAUAGGGGCGCUACCGCUUUAUAGGAGUGUGUAUUCGAUAGCCGAAAAAUCCUUGAAAAGGAAUUUUUGGUUGCUAAGUUGAAAAGACAAUAAUAAAAAAUGCUAUUAAUA